AUGGGGGUCAAAGGGAUUCGAACCGCUCUGAAGGUUGAUCUCAACAAGCACGCUCGCGACCAGCCAGGUCUUCAUAAUCGAUGGCAUCCUGAUAUUCCGGCAUGUGGCAAGAUCGCCAAUAAUGAAGUCGUCAAGAUUGAAUGUCUGGACUGGACGGGUGGGCAGAUCAAGAACGAUGAUUCCGCGGAGGAUGUCAGAACAGUCGAUCUGACCGAGAUCCAUUAUCUAUCGGGUCCGUUUGACGUUGAGACCGCCGAGCCCGGUGAUGUUCUGCUGGUGGAGAUUCAGGAUGUGCAGCCCUUCCAAGAUCAGCCAUGGGGGUUUACUGGUGUCUUUGCCAAAGAAAACGGGGGAGGCUUCUUGGACGAGAUCUAUCCCAAGGCUGCCAAAGCAAUCUGGGACUUUGAAGGUAUCUUCUGCUCCAGUCGACACAUUCCCGGCGUACGAUUCGCAGGCUUGAUUCAUCCCGGGAUUCUUGGAUGUGCUCCUUCGGCCGAGGUGCUUGCUGAAUGGAAUCGGCGUGAAGGAGAGCUGAUCGCAGCAAACACGGUCGAGGGUCGCAUCGUGGCUCAGCCGCCGCAACCGCAGAACGCCCAUGCUGGAAACGCCACCGAGGACAUCAAGGAGAAGAUCGCCAAAGAAGGAGCGAGAACCAUUCCGGGUCGUCCUGAACAUGGUGGCAAUUGCGACAUCAAAAAUUUGUCGCGCGGAUCCAAAGUCUAUCUCCCGGUUCACGUCCCGGGCGCCAAAUUCUCGGUCGGUGACUUGCACUUUUCCCAGGGAGAUGGAGAAAUCUCCUUUUGUGGCGCCAUUGAGAUGGCGGGUGUCAUCACACUCAAGUUCUCGGUGAUCAAGAACGGCAUGGCCAAGAUGGGCAUGAAGUCUCCCAUCUUCCUCCCUGGUCCGGUCGAACCUCAAUUCGGACCUGGACGGUACCUGACCUUUGAGGGCUUUUCGGUUGAUGAGAAUGGAAAACAGCACUACCUUGACGCCACGGUCGCGUAUAGACAGACUUGUCUCCGCGUGAUAGAGUAUUUGAGACGCUAUGGGUACUCGGACUACCAGAUUUAUCUGCUUCUUUCAUGUGCACCUAUUCAAGGGCACAUUGCUGGGAUUGUCGAUAUUCCCAAUGCCUGUACCACACUCGGGGUCCCCAUGGAUAUCUUCGACUUUGACAUUAGGCCCGAGGCGGAGGUGGUGAAGCGAGACUUGGGAAGCUGUGCAUUUGCAAACCAGUGA